GUUGAAGGUUUUGUUGGUAUGGAUGUCACCAGAUUCUUACCACUCGCAACAUCAUGAGCACUUCCUUUCCACAGUCACAAUCGCAAUCCAGCACCCCCUCACUAUCUCAAACUCAAUGGCCAGCCUCCCCAAACUACCCCUCCUCUCGACAUUCGACUCCACCGUACUAUGCAUCAUCGGCACCGGCCCCGGCCCCGACCAACCCAGCAAUCAAACAAACGUCAAAAUCUCCAUACCCCGCAUCAUCUCUUAGGGCUCUCUGUAUAUGAUUUAACGCCGGAUCCUCGUUCUAGCAACAGACAUGACAAUCCCAUCUUCAAUCCCCUCUCCCUCCUUCCCUGGCGCCCCGUCCCGUCCACCAUUCGUCAUACCCUUCAUUCCAUCGCGUCGUCCCGUCGUCCAGAUUACUUAUAUCCAAAACAAUUUGUUCAAAGUCAAUUCAAAGAGCCCACCCGCCACUCAGGAGGCAGAUCCAGUACCAGCCUUGCUUCUAUCUUUCAUUAUAAUGUUCAAGUGGAGAUCCGUCCUAGCAGCUGCUACGUACUUCUCUCAACGAAGCAGUGCUCGGUGUUCCGGGAUAAAUCUGGACGAGUAACUGUAUUCAUCAUAAAGUACUUUUAUUUGUUUGACUGCUUCUGGAGAUAUAGUACUAUCUGACCUUACUCCCACGGAAGGUUAUCGCUAUGUCCAGACAACGAAAGAAAGAGCC